AAUCAAGCACUACCACUGAACUGUGCUGCUGCUAUACAAUCUUCUGUCUCAUCUUUCGAAUCCAUUAGCAAAACAUGUGUCCUUCCAAAGCUCCGGAGCCAAACACGGAGUCGAAGACUGAUGUAGUCAUCAUCGGUGCCGGCCCCGCUGGGCUUAUGGCUGCUUGGUGGAUGGCACGUUGUGGCAUCAAGGCACGCGUCAUCGACAAGCGUGGUGUCAAAGUCAUCAACGGCCAUGCCGAUGGCCUGAGGCCACGUACGAACGAGUUUUUCGACAGUAUGGGCGGCGGUAUUCACGAGAAGAUCGCAAAGGAGGCAUUCAUAUUCGAAAACUUGAAGAACUGGGUCCAUGGCCCAGACGGGAAGCUCACCCGCGUUGGUACGCAGCAUCUUCACAGAGACUACAUCGAAGAUCUGCCCUCUCCUUUCCUUGCUACCACGAUCUCUCAGGGACGUAUUGAGCGCUUCAUCCUUGAUGCAAUCGCAGAAGUCUCCAACGGCGAGUUCAAAGUCGAGCGCGGUAUCGUGGCUGAUUCCAUGGCCUAUGAUGCUGCCCUGGAGGAUGUCCCGGGAAGCUAUCCCAUCCAGCUCACCUUGCGUACGCUUUCCGAUGUUGAGGCAAAUCCACCUCCGGCCCCAGGUGCUUUUGGUGGGCGAGAUGUCAUUGCGAAGGGCAAUCUGCCAAACGAUGAAGUACACCAGGAGAACGGCACUAGAACCUCGCCAGGGCAUAUUGAGUUGGUCAAUACCAAGUACCUGAUCGGUUGUGACGGUGCACAUAGCUGGCUCAGACGACAGUUGAAUUAUGGGCUGCACGGCGCCUCGACCGGCUCUGUAUGGUAUGUCACCAAUGGGUAUAUGUCUAGGCCACACUUACUGAACUAUGCUAGGGGUACUAUGGACUUCGUCCCCAUGACCAACUUUCCCGACAUCCAUCGCCCUGCCUUCAUCAAGCACGAGCUAGGCAUCCUGAUGAUCAUUCCUCGCGAACGCAACAUGACGCGCAUCUACGUGCCCUUGGACGACGCAUUUCACAACGAACGCCUCGACCGCUCUUCCAUCACCCUAGAUCAUAUCUUCACCAAAGCCAAGAAGUUCUUCGAGCCAUACACACUUGACUUUAAGGUCUGCGAAUGGUGGAGCGUGUAUGAGGUUGGUCAGCGCGUCGCCGAACGCAACCAGCACCCUUCUACGCGAAUCUGUCUCGCCGGAGACGCCGUGCACAUGCAUUCUCCCAAGAUAGGGCUGGGCAUGAACACGAGCAUGCAAGAUGGAUACAACCUUGGAUGGAAAGUAGCAAUGGCGGCAGCUGGCGUCGUCCGCGACGAGAAGGCUCUUCUUGCAACUUAUGCGGCGGAGCGAUACCCUGUCGCCCAACGACUCGUCGCCUUUGAUCGAACGUUAUUUGGGGGCCAUGGCAUAGUUGACCCUGAAGAGUUCCUCAAACAGCAUAUGCAGUUCGCAGACUUUGCAAACGGCUUCAAACUCGAUUACCCGGAGAGCGUGCUGGUAGCUAAAAGCUUGUCCGGCCAAGCUGUUGCGACUGAGCUGAUGGUCGGAGAGUCUUUCAAGCACCAGCGUGUUUUGGGCCACGUAAACUCACAGCUGUACUGGACCACCAAGCUGUUCCAGAGUGACGGCCGCUUCCGGAUUCUCCUUCUGGCUGGAGAUGUAAGCCUGCCAGAUCAAAUGGCUAGAGUCAAAACGUUUUGCGAGGAGCUCGAGGCUGAGAAGAAAGACGGCAACGGCAACGCCACAUCGCUACUUCACACCCGCUACCCGUAUUGCUUCGCUCAGCCGUCGCCUCUGCAGUCGCAGAACGCUCUUGCCAUCAAUCAACACCCAUCCAUCUCCUUCUUUCACGAACGAUCCCGCAAGUCGAUGAUUGAAGUUGUUGCUGUCCACAGCGCUGUGGACACGACAGACUCCAUCUCCAUGUUCGACUUUCCUACGGCGCUAUAUGGACCCUUUGAUCCUGAUUACCAUGGCUGGGACCACACGCGCAUUCAUAUUGAUCAAGCUGUAACAUAUGACCGCUACUGCGACGGCCUCGCGUACAAGAGAUGGGGUGUUGAUAGGACGAGGGGUGCUGUGGUUGUAGUGAGGCCUGACAUGCAUGUGGGGUGGGUUGGUCAUCUGGAAGACACGCACGCUUUGGAGUCGUACUUUACUUCCAUCUUCAAGUAGGUGCAUCUAAUACUCGAGUACUCACCAUCUUGGUCUGGUAGUAGUUAGAUCAGCAUACCUGAAUCACACGUUCGUUCCUUAUCGCGCAGUGAUCCAGUCCUACCUCUCCACGUGCAUUGAUGCUGUCGGGAAAUGGUGUAUUUUGCAGGCAUUCUUGAGAUCUAGCUUGUUGGUAGAGCACCGCGGGUAGGCAAAGUAGCAUCCAGGCUUGUACC